AUUUGAAACACUGUCCCUGCGAGUUCUUUAAGUUCCCUGCAAUCUGUACACGAGAAAGAGGGAGAGAGAGGGAGAGGCACAGAGAGAUCCAGGGACCAGGUAAAGCCCUGGGGCUGCAGCCAUUCAGACUGAGGAGCUGGAAAAUUGCCAAGGAUGCAGAAGGAAAUGAAGAUGAUCAAAGAUGAGGAUGUGCGUUUCAGUUUGGGUGUGAAGAGGGCCCCUUCCUUUCCCCACUGUCUGCAGCCAGUGGUUUCCCGAGGGAAAGCUCCCCAAAGACACCCCUUCCCAGAAGCUCUCCGGGGGCCUUUCUCCCAGUUCCGGUAUGAACCUCCUCCCGGAGACCUCGAUGGAUUCCCGGGAGUCUUUGAAGGAGGAGGGUCUCGGAAACGUAAGAGCGUGCCCACCAAAAUGCCCUAUAACCACCCAUCUGAAGAAGCCGUUCUUGCUCUCCAUUCUGAGGAAAGCAAAAUCCAUGGCCCCCCGAACUUCCCGCUACUGUUCCCGCAGCCCCCGCGGCCCAAAUAUGACUCGCAGAUGAUUGACCUGUGCAACGUGGGCUUCCAGUUCUACCGCACCCUGGAGCACAUGGGGGGCAAGCCCGUCAAGCAGGAGCCCGUGAAGCCCAGUGCCGUGUGGCCCCAGCCGAACCCCGCUCCGUUCCUGCCCGCGCCCUACACCUACUACCCCAAGGUCCCCCCGGGCCUCAUGUUCCCCUUCUUCAUGCCCUCAGCCUCCCCCUUCCCCUUCAGCCGGCACACCUUCCUGCCCAAGCAGCCGCUGGGCCCGCCGCUGCCCCGCAAGGCCGAGCCCCAGGAGAGCGAGGAGGCCAAGCAGAAGGUGGAGAGGGUGGACGUGAACGUGCAGAUCGACGACACCUACUACGUGGAUGUGGGCGGGGCGCAGAAGCGCUGGCAGUGCCCCAACUGCGAGAAGUCCUACACCUCCAAGUACAACCUGGUGACUCACAUCCUGGGCCACAGCGGGAUCAAGCCGCACGCGUGCACCCGCUGUGGGAAGCUCUUCAAGCAGCUCAGCCACCUGCACACCCACAUGCUCACACACCAGGGCACGCGGCCCCACAAGUGCCAGGUGUGCCACAAGGCCUUCACCCAGACCAGCCACCUGAAGCGCCACAUGAUGCAGCACAGCGAAGUGAAGCCGCACAACUGCCGCGUGUGCGGCCGGGGCUUCGCCUACCCCAGCGAGCUCAAGGCGCACGAGGCCAAGCACGCCAGCGGGCGGGAGAACAUCUGCGUGGAGUGCGGCCUCGACUUCCCCACGCUGGCGCAGCUGAAGCGGCACCUCACCACGCACCGCGGGCCCAUUCAGUACAACUGCUCCGAGUGCGACAAGACCUUCCAGUACCCGAGCCAGCUGCAGAACCACAUGAUGAAGCACAAGGACAUCCGGCCGUACAUCUGCUCCGAGUGCGGCAUGGAGUUCGUGCAGCCGCACCACCUCAAGCAGCACUCGCUCACCCACAAGGGCGUGAAGGAGCACAAGUGUGGGAUUUGCGGGCGGGAGUUCACUCUGUUGGCCAACAUGAAGAGACACGUGCUGAUCCACACCAACAUCCGCGCCUACCAGUGUCACCUCUGCUACAAGAGUUUUGUGCAGAAACAGACCCUCAAGGCACACAUGAUCGUCCACUCUGACGUGAAGCCUUUCAAAUGCAAGCUGUGCGGGAAGGAAUUCAACCGGAUGCACAACCUAAUGGGCCACAUGCACCUGCACUCUGACAGCAAGCCCUUCAAGUGCCUCUACUGCCCCAGCAAGUUCACCCUGAAGGGGAACCUGACGCGCCACAUGAAAGUCAAGCACGGCGUCAUGGAGCGGGGCCUCCACUCUCAAGGUUUUGGAAGGGGGAGAAUCGCCCUUGCGCAGACGGCAGGGGUCCUGAGGAGUCUGGAGCAGGAGGAGCCCUUCGACCUGUCCCAGAAGCGCCGGGCCUUCCAGUCCGAUGGGGAGAGCGCCAGGGGCAGCUCCUGCCACGAGGAGGAGGAGGACGACAACUGCUGCGAAGAAGAGCGGGACAGCCCGGGGCUGGCCCCCCGGAAGCGGCAGCUCUGCGCGCCCCAGGAUCUCUCCGCCAAGCCCGAGCCGGCCCCCACGGCACUCCAGGAAGCCUGCAAGGAGGAGGAGGCAGAGGAAGAGGAGGAGGAGGACGACGAGGACAUGCAGAAAGAAGAAGGCCAGGAGCAGAGCAAGGGCAGCCGCGGGGCAGAGGGCGGUCGGGAGAGAGCGCGCGCUGGCAGGGCACUGCCCAGCGCCCGGCGGGGUGCCUCCUUUUCUGAUUACUUGUACUUCAAGCACAGAGAUGAGAGUUUAAAAGAAUUACUGGAGAGGAAAAUGGAAAAACAAGCAGUGCUUUUAGGUAUCUAAAUGGACAGUUUUAGAAUUACAUUUGGAAAAUGAGAAGUAGGCAGUUCAAAUAUAGCUUUCUGCAUGAGCUGCAGUUCGGGGAGAC